GCAUUCUUGUCCUAUUCUUUUUUUUGUCCUUUUUUUGUUUUUUUUUCUUCUUUUUUUUUUUCCACUUCUUUGCUUAUUGUUUGUAUCUGGGAACGCUGGAGGAGAUGGUUUGGAGCCUUUUCCUGAGCCAAGUUUUUCUAGCAGGCGAUGGGGCCGUGGACGCGGCGAGGUCCCGAGUCCGCGGCGACCGUGCUGCGGAGCGACUCCGGCGAGAUGUGCAACUGGUUUUUAUGGAAAAAGCGAUGUGAAGUGUGGUGCCUGUUUUUUCCUUUGUAAAAAUAUUUUAAAAGCAUGUUUCUACCUCUUUUUUUUUCGCCUACUCUUUUUCUGAUAAGAUUUUUGGAUAGGUGGGAUUUUACGCAGUGUUUACAAGUUUGUGGUUUUGCAAUUCGGGUACAAACCACUGAGCAGAGGCGUGCCUUUUCCAUUUUCUUGGUGCCCUUUUUGGAGCCGGUGAGAACAAAUUCGUUUUCCCCCCGUUUUUGAUAGCCGUUGAUAACGUGAAACUUUUCUUGCAGCUGGUUACUGGGAUUAUUUUUAAGCAAAAUACUUUUUUCCCUCCUUUAAAUUAACCAUGACUUUUGCACAUUUGACUUUUUUAAAACCCGAGAUAAUUUUAUGAUAGAUAUCCUGAUAUCUAUAUCUAUAUUACCCCUUCUUCCUGCCCCGCCGCUCCCCUUAUAUCAAUUUUCAAAUGAUGGCAGUGGAAGGUUUUUCUGGAAAAAAAAAAUGAAGUGCGGUUUGGUUUCCUUGUCAACGGAGGAUGAAGUGAACGGCUGAACAGCUCGCAGCGAGCAGGAUUAAAACACGGUGACCCAACCAUGACUGGCAAAACACAGACCAGCAACGUCACCAAUAAGAACGACCCCAAGUCCAUCAACUCCCGGGUUUUCAUCGGCAAUCUGAACACAGCCAUUGUCAAGAAAGUUGACAUUGAAGCCAUUUUUUCCAAGUAUGGGAAGAUCGUUGGAUGCUCAGUUCACAAAGGUUACGCAUUCGUGCAGUAUAUGAGUGAGCGGCACGCGAGAGCAGCGGUGGCCGGAGAAAACGCCAGGAUCAUCGCAGGCCAGCCCCUCGAUAUCAACAUGGCCGGGGAACCCAAGCCCUACAGACCAAAACCCGGGAACAAGAGGCCCCUCUCUGCUCUGUACAGACUUGAGUCAAAGGAGCCUUUCCUAUCUGUUGGUGGUUACGUCUUCGACUAUGAUUACUACAGAGAUGAUUUCUACAAUCGGUUGUUCGAUUACCACGGCCGCGUGCCUCCACCUCCCCGCGCGGUCAUCCCGCUGAAGCGCCCCAGGGUGGCUGUCUCAACGACUCGCCGGGGAAAGGGGGUCUUUUCCAUGAAAGGGGGGUCGAGAUCUGCUGCCAGCGGGUCCUCUUCAUCAGGCUCGAAAUUGAAAUCGGAUGAGUUACAGACAAUCAAGAAAGAAUUAACGCAGAUCAAAACUAAAAUCGACUCCUUGCUGGGGCGCCUGGAGAAGAUUGAGAAGCAGCAGAAGGCAGAGGCGGAAGCUCAGAAGAAGCAAUUGGAAGAGAGCAUAGAGCUGAUCCAAGAGGAAUGUGUGUCGGAGAAUGCAGACCACUCUCCCGAGGAGCCUGCAGAAGGAGGGCCCGACGCAGACGGCGAGGAGAUGACCGAUGGCGUAGAGGAGGACUUCGAGGAAGACGGGGGCCACGCGCUGUUUCUACAGAUAAAGUGAUCUGAAUGAAUGAACGAAGCCACGCAGCAGAAAAGAGGCGUUCUGACAACCCCAGAGAUGUCAGAGGAGAUUCCUUACUGGAGAGCAACAUCUUUGGUUCAAUUUACAUAAAAACCCAAAUAAAUAAAAUGGACAGUAUUGUUCAGUCUUAGAAAUUCCAUUUCUUCUAUGUUCUGAGCUGUAUAAUUGUCAGAUUUUUAUGGUUUAGAUUGUAAAUGUGUGUUUCCCUUUGCUAAUUAUGUUUGGGUUGUUGUUGUUGUUUGUCUUAAAAAUCUUAAAAUGUGAAGGAUAUUAUGAAUGGUGAGGGAGACACUAUAUACAAAUGUAUAUUUGUAAAAGCUAUUUUUAUGAUUAGCAUGUUUCACCAUUGAUCAUAUAUAAAGUCGGGUGAUAUUGCAAUUCUAUGUUUAAAGCUUAUUCCCAACAAUGUUAUGUAAGAAAAGAUACAUCAUAUGCUAGUUUUUGUAAUUUAUUUUUAAUUUAUAGUUUAAAGUACUUCAGAUCAUAAGGAUAAAAUACUUGAAAAGGUUAUAUUUCUGCCCUAUAUGCGCACCAUUUUUACUCAUAAGGAAUGCAACUAUUUCAGAUGUGAGUCAAGAGCUAAAGGUAUCAGCGUGACCUGUGGUUGAGUUCAGCAUCCCUCUCUCUCCUGGAUGGGAUGACCCUGCUCUCACCCAACCCGCAGUCAGGGGCAGGAGAGCCCGGGGAAGGUGUCAGUGUGAAUGCAGGUGAGAAUGCGGAGGGAUGGUCUCGUCUUGGACCCACGCGUGUACCUGAGUGCCAGCAUCGUCCAUCUCCUGCGACCAGGAAUACCCCACCACCACCACCACCACUGAGCAUCGCCAGUGUUCUCCGGAGCGAGCUGCCGCCUUGCGCUGUGGAAAUAGAAGAGCCCAACCUCACAGCCUGGGAGAGUUCAGCACAUAAUUUCUUAAUAAAUUCUGUUUCUUUUCAAACAAAA